AUGGCAUCCAAUAAGCAAAGCUAUGAUGCUGGUGAAACCAAGGGCCGAACUGAGGAAAAGACGAAGCAGACGAUGGGCAAUAUUGGGGAUAAGGCUCAAUCUGCAAAGGAUAAGGCCCAGGAAAUGGCCCAAGCUGCGAAGGACAAGACUUGCGACACUACCCAAGCGGCAAAGGAGAAGGCCCAACAGAAUAAAGAUGCUGCUCAAGGGAAGGCCUCGGAGAUGGGCCAAUCCACGAAGGAAUCGGCCCAAUCUGGAAAGGACAACACCCAGGGGUUUCUGCAGCAGACAGGGGAGAAGGUGAAGGGCGCGGCCCAAGGUGCUACAGAGGCUGUGAAGCAAACCUUUGGGCUGGGCCAGAAUGAUGAAUACAAUCGCAGAAAUUAA